AUGGCCAUCCCAUCCAUGGAAGUUCUAUUAACGCUGCUGCGGGCUUACCAGGAUUCUCAUGGGCAUGAAUCCCUGGAGCAAUUGAUGACUGGUGUGCAGCAGGCUGUUGGGAUCGUCGGGCUGGAGCUGGAGUGUCCCUGGGUGGACAGAGGGCCGGGUGGUCUAGGCCUCCUCCAUUGCACUUGUCACCGGAGUGACCAGAUGAGCGGACAGCGGGUGGACAUCGAUGGCAGCAGAGUCAGGGAGCAAGCUGCAAGGAGGACAAUGCCCCUGCUGAUGGCCAAGAUGGCGGCAAUAGACUUGGCAAGAACCCGGCUGCAGGAUUGCGUAGCCCUUGCGUUUCUCCUCUGGCGCGUGCGGAAGUGACAGAGCAGGGCGCCGGUGAGCACAAGGAGAGGUCCAGACUGCGGGAGGACUUGUCUGGUGGCCGUAGGUACCUGGCAUCAGAGGAGAGGGAGUCCAGCCUGCAGUCUGGAUUAGAGGAGGAAGAGGACGUUUUGCCAGCCGCCAGUAUGGAACCUUCUGCUUUCCUAUGUAGGUAUUGUGCCAGCACCUAG